GCGAGCGAGGGAGGACUGACUCCAGAUCAGAUCUACUACUACUACUGCCAGGACGAAGCCACACGGCCACACGCGGCGCGCGUUCGAAUGCAACUGUGAAACUGGUCCAAGGGAGACACUUCUCUCCUGAGCCGGGAGCUGUCGACGUCCCUCCGCGCGCCAUGGGGUGCUCCUUCUCCGGCCUCAACGCGCUGUAUGACACCGUCGGCGGCGGCGGCGGCGGCGACGUCUGGGUCAACGACUACCGCUUCCGCGUGCUGCGCAGGCUCGGCGACGCCGGCCCAGCGGGGUCCUCCGUCUUCCUCGUCAAGGAGAUCGUUGCCGCCGCAUCAGCAGCCUCCGACGCCGGCGCGGGCGGGGGAGCGGGACCCGGCCCCGUCGGGCUCGCCAAGAAGAAGGGCGUCGAUCCAUCCCACAUCUCAGCUGAUGGGACAUAUGCUUUGAAGAAAGUUCUAAUUCAGAGUGACCAACACUUACAGCUAGUCCGGCAGGAGAUCCGAGUGUCCUCGCAAUUCAGCCAUCCAAAUCUACUCCCUCUUCUUGAAAAUGCCAUCAUCGCAGUGAAGGGUGUGCAAGAUGGGUCACAGAACCAUGAGGCUUACUUGUUGUUCCCAGUUCACUUAGAUGGAACCUUGCAGGAUGCCACUAAAUCUAUGCUUGAAAAGAAGGAAUACUUUCCAACAAUUACUAUUCUCCAGAUAUUCCGUCAGCUAUGUGCAGGACUGAAGCAUAUGCACAGUUUUGAGCCACCAUAUGCCCACAAUGGAGUUAAACCUGACAAUGUCCUCAUAACUCUGAGGAAGGAGCAGCCCCAUCUUGCUAUCUUGAUGGACUUUGAGAGUGCUCGCCCUGCAAGAAGAGCUAUUAGAUCACAAGCAGAAGCUUUGCAGCUGCAGGAAUGGGCUUCGGAGCAUUGUUCUGCGCAUUACCGGGCUCCUGAGUUAUGGGAGUGUCCAAGCCAUGCCGACAUCGAUGAGAGGACAGAUGUGUGGUCUUUGGGAUGCACCCUUUAUGCUAUGAUGUACGGCAAAUCCCCAUUUGAUUAUGAGCUUGAUGAAUCUGCUGGCGAAACCUUAGUAAAGGUUAUUAAAAGUGCACAGGUUAAAUGGUCUACUGAGACAGGUUCGUCAUAUCCUGAUGCUCUCCGCCAGUUUGUAACUUGGAUGCUGCAGCCACAGCCCACAGUUCGGCCCCACAUUGACGACAUCAUCUUCCACGUUGAUAAACUCAUUGCGAAAUACUCGACUUGACAAGUGAAUGGAAUGCUUCUACAGAGAUGAAACAAAAAAAGAAUUGUGAUGUAUUUACAGAACAUCUGCUUGAUUCAUUAAAUGUGAUAAGUUAAUUCCUUGAUAGUUAUUGUAUGAGGAAAAAAGUGGAUACUCUCCGUGACAGGUAUCAGCGAUUUAAGAUCUGGCUGUUGUUCGUGAGCACGUUAUGUCUGUAGAUGUGUGUAUCUUUUGUGCUCAAGAGACCCUGGGGUCAAUAAAUAAAUGUAUCAUCAUUCAUUCAUUACCAUGUUUGCUACCCGUUUUUUAAA